GAGAGAGGGGGUAUGAUUUUGUAAUAGAAAACUGAAAACAGUAGCCAAAUAGCUCAUAAGAAAAUAGAGCCAAAGGGAAUAACAUUAAAUUCACAUCAAAUCCUUUUCAAAGUGAGAACAAAGGCUAAAGAAAAUGGAAGUGGGUCAGAUGCAGAGAAGAUUGGUGGACUACACAAAAUCCUUGUUUAUGGAGGGUUUCUUGGAUGCUCAGUUUUUGCAGCUUCAACAGCUUCAAGAUGAGAGCAACCCAGAUUUUGUUGUUGAAGUUGUGUCUCUUUUCUUAGAUGAUUCAGAGAAACUUCUUAAUGAUCUCACCAUGGCUUUAGAUCAGCCAAAUGUAGAUUUCAAAAAAGUUGAUGCUCAUGUUCAUCAAUUGAAGGGUAGCAGUUCCAGCAUUGGUGCACAGAGAGUUAAAAAUGCUUGCAUUGCUUUUCGUAGCUUCUGCGAGGAGCAGAACAUCGAUGCGACACUGAGAUGUCUUCAACAAGUGAAACAAGAGUAUUACCUUGUGAAGAACAAGCUUGAAACUAUGCUCAGGUUAGAGCAGCAAAUCGUGGCGGCUGGUGGGUCGAUUCCCAUGAUUGAACUGGGUUUUUGAAGACCAUAAACAUGAAGGGGGGAAAAGCAUGAUUUUGGGGGUGGUUUAUACAAUAGGAACAUAUGGUGUUUAAGGUUUCUCUUUUUUAUUUAAUCUUACCAGUGAGUUUGUGGUUGUUUGAUGUUCUCUUCAUACUAGUUUCACUCCCCAUAACUUCUAAAAGGAACCUUUCUGUUGAUAAAUUUCCUCUUCAAUUAAUACUGUUUCUUCCAUGAAUGUUAACUAGUGUUCCAGUUUGUGAACACUGGAAUUGCUUCUA